AUGGAGACCAUGAUGACAGCACAGCCGAACGGCCCGGCUUUCUUCUUCUAUAGCCCGGACCUCAGCCCGGAGAGCCGCCAGCACGGCCGUUUCAUCCCGCAGCAACAUCACCAUCAGCAGCAGCAGCAUCAGCACCAACCAUCCUUGGCAUUGCAGCAGAUGUCUGCACUCCCGAUCGUGGCGCCGCUCCCGUCGACCCCUGCCUACUCGCGACCCAGCUCGUCAUCGUCUCAACCAGCACUGCUUCCCAAGGGGUUCGCGACUGUUCCGAUGCUGCCCUCGACGCUGACCCCGGUGGCAUCCCCCAUGCCCAUUGCCCCCAAGCCGACCAUCGUGCUGGACACGGAGGUGGGUGAUUUUGAAGGCCCGUACUCGCCAUCUACGCCACCGCUUUCAUCGUCAGGCAGUGUAAUCAGCAGCCCUGGCAGUUGUGACAUGCUCCAGACGCCGCUGAACCCCAUGUUCUCCGGCCUCGACGGCAAGGCUGGUAUGGAUGGCGAGUUGGAGAGUUUCCCCAGCAUUGACUGGGCUGCAUGCGCAUCGCCCCCUUUGACGCCUGUGUACUUGCCUUCGCAAGCACCAGCGCCCAAAAUGGCCCCACUGAACACCCAAGCUUGCGACCUCCUUUCUCCCGCAUCCUCCUGCCCGUCGCUCUCGCCCUCGCCCUCUCCGUACGCACAGUCGACUUCGUCGGACGAUUUCUGCGACCCUAGGAACCUCACAGUUGGGACCGUCAAUUCGACCCUCGCACCUGAAUUCUCUGCACUUCCGACGCUGUGCGCCGGCGAGGACGAGGACCAAAAGUUUGUGCUUCGGGGCGCGUCUCCUUCGACUGGCAUUUCGACCGACGCUGGCUUUGAGUUCCAUUCGCAACUCUGCCAUAGCCUGCCCUCCUUUGACUCGCUUUCCGAUCUCGAUUCCGAGGACGACUUCGUCAACGGUCUUGUCAACCUCGGCGACUGCGCUGACGUCAAGAUCUCCCGCUCGCGUGCCAGCUCCGACGCGCUCUCUCUCAGCGCUUCCAGCUUCCUCUGCGGUGAAGAGUCGAGUGACUUCGACUCGCUCAGCACUGACGUCCACACCUCGGCGACCUCGACUGACGACUGCGACUCACACCGCCACAAGCGCCAAAAGAAGAGCGUCACCAUCACAAUGAGCGCCGCUUCCGAGUCUCAAUCGGGCAACACCCAAAGCCAGUCCCCACCCAGCAACGACGACAGCGCGAGCACCAAUGCCACUGAGGCUAAGAACGACACCGACUCGGGUUCUGAGAAUGCCGACUCGACGCCGCUUCCCGCUCCCACCAGCCGCCGCGGCCGCAAGCAAUCAUUGACCGAGGACCCAUCCAAGACUUUUGUUUGCGAAAUCUGCAACCGCCGGUUCCGCCGCCAGGAGCACCUCAAGCGCCACUACCGGUCGCUCCACACUCAUGAGAAGCCCUUUGAGUGCGGUGACUGCGGCAAGAAGUUCUCGCGCUCUGACAACCUUGCGCAACACGCCCGUACCCACGGCGCCGGUGCUGUUGUCAUGAACCUUCUCGACGAUUCGGAAGCAAUGGCUGCUGCUGGUCUUACCAGUGCCUAUGGGCAUCCCGGCCUGAUGGGAGCGCCUGGUAUGAUGGGCGCUGAUGAGUUCACCCUUGGAAAGGUCCUCUUUCAGGUGGCCGCCGACGUCCCCACUAGCAGUGGCAGCGAGCUGUCGUCCGAUGAGGGAAGUGACGAUGGCAAGAAGAAGCGCAAGCGGUCCGAGUGA